AUGGCUUUUACUUUGGGCACUGCAUGUUAUUUUCUCAACAAAUCAACUAAUAUGGAAAUUGACUUUAAUUAAUAUUGUGGUAUUGUAACAUGAAUAACUAGAAAAGCAUGAAUUAUAAAGCAUGGUAACUGAAUGUACAAAAUUUUUUGUACGCAAAGCUAACAUCCAAUCUUAAAUAGCUUUUUAGGAAUUGUAUAAAAUUUAAUAAUAUCAAUUUGAGUGUUUAAUGUUAUUUCAAAGGAGAAACAGUGUUGUUAAGACCAUAUCAAUAAAUUUGUAAUUCAAAAAUGAAUCGAUUGGUUUUCGUGAUUAAUUUCAAUAAAGUAAACUUUUAGAGCUAGUAACAAUUAGAUUUUUGAAAGUUUCGAAGAUAAGUCAGGAUUUGAUUAUUACUAACUAACUAAAUUAUUAUGCUCAGAUUUCCCUCGAGAAAUAGUUGCUAGUUCGCUUUCCUUAUAUGCAAAUCUUGAUGAGGUAAUUUGUUUAUUAUUAUAAAGGAAUUGCUUUUCAAGAAAACAUUCACUUUACAGCAAUUCUGUAAAGCCCUCUUAUUUGAACUAUUAUUUGAAAGUAUUUUUUAAGAAUUAAAUGCUAAAUUGAAUAUUAAUGGAGUUAUUGAUAGUGUUUUACCAAUUUUAAAGAAAUACUACCCCACUAAUGAUGAAUAAUUAUAUUUACCAAAUCCAGCUGCUGUUUUUGAAUGCCUGAUAAAGUUUAGUAAUGAAAAAAAUAAAGCAUGUUUGCAUCCAAUUCUACCAUUUACAGUGGACAUGUUUUCAAGUAUUUAUUUUUGUCAUUUUUAUAGCUCAAUAUUUAAAUGGAGGGAUAGUUGAGUUUACUAGCUUUAAAUCACAAUUAUUUAAAAAUACGAAAGUUGAUGUUCAACUUACAAAAUUGAUUAAUCUAAUUGAAAACUCUAAUCAGAGAAUAUAGGAUAGCACACGAUUAGAUGAGGAUGAAAACAAAAAGAAAAAACAAAAAUGA